UUCAGUUUAUUUCUUAGUCUCCAUGUAUGAGUGGACCGUGCCAGAACGGUGGAACUUGCGUAUCGAUUUAUGAGAAAAACAGCUUUGUGUGCCUUUGUACAAAAGGAUACGCAGGAAGUAUUUGCCAAACAGAUAUCGAUGAUUGUGCAAGUCAUCCCUGUAAGAACAACGGGACCUGCAUAGACCGAGUGAACGGAUUUAACUGCAGCUGUGCACCAGGCUUUAAUGGAAAACAAUGUGAAACAGUUUCCACAGUCUGUGCUGACAGUUACAAAUCUGGAGAAAGGAAAGGCGGUGUUUAUAAGUUCAACCCAGAUAGUGCAGGGAUCAUUGAAGUGUUCUGUGACCAGACAACAGCCGGAGGAGGGUGGUUAGUAUUCCACAAGAGACUGGACGGUUCGGUGAAUUUCUACCGAGGCUGGAACCAGUACAAAAGUGGCUUUGGAAAUCUGACUGGUGAAUUUUGGCUCGGGCUUCACAACAUACAUCGUCUGACUAGCAGUGGAAGUUAUAAGCUUCGCGUUGAUCUGGAAGACUUCGCAGGGAAAACCUAUUACGCCGAAUACGAUUUCUUUAAAACCAUGGUCAUGCAGGAAGCUCAUGCAAAUAAGCCAGACACAACUAAUCAGUGA